AUGGGAAAGAAGAGUAUUGAUGUUUCAUGGAUCAGACAUCGGGACCUGCAUAUCCUGACAGUGGGCGGCUACACGUACACAUCCGAUCAACGGUUUCAAGCAACGCACUCACCUCAGACUGAUGACUGGACUUUGCACAUUAAGUGGGCACAGCAACGGGACGCCGGAGUUUACGAGUGCCAAGUAUCCACACAGCCCGUGCGUUCCUUCUUCGUCACACUGCACAUUGUUGUGCCAUCGGCUCGAAUAUUAGGUGGGCCUGAUUUACACGUGGAUAUCGGCUCCACUAUAAACUUGACCUGUCUAAUCCAAUUCAGCCCCGAACCUCCCGCCUAUAUAUUCUGGUACCAUGAGGACGAGGUAAUAUCGUACGACUCGUCGCGCGGCGGAGUGUCAGUAGUGACGGAAAAGGGCGCGGCAACAACCUCGUACCUGCUGGUGCAGGAUGCUACGCCCGCAGACUCCGGACGGUACUCCUGCUCGCCAUCCAAUGCGGAGAUCGCCUUCGUAAGAGUACACGUGCUCAACGGUGAGCGGCCGGCGGCAAUGCAGACGGGCUCCGCUGGCUUGUCAAAUAGCUCACGUUGCAUCCUUGCGUUACUGCUGAUUGGCAUUCUACACGCGCGUUUGUUACGCGCUCAACUCGCCAGCUGA